AUGGGGACCCUCGAUGUGGAAGGAGCCCACAGAGGGGAGGACCUUUUCCGUGGGUAUUGGGUCGAAGAUGCUGCCAACAUGAUUGAAGCAUCGAGUCUCUUCGAUGAGGCUCAACAAGCCUUGAGUCGGGCACUUUUUAAGGAGGCAUUUUCCAUAUCUCGAACAGAGCUGAGCCGAUGUGAGGCCGAUCUUCAAAGGCUCACGGAGGAGAGAAAUUCCCUCAAACUUCUCUGCGGGAAAAAAAAAGAGACCAAGGGCCUCCGAGCCGAAUUAGCCACGGCUCAUAAAGAGCAGACCGACCUGAUUGAGAAGGUAAUGAAAAUCUUAGAAGCUCAAUGUUCAACGAAGGCCAAAAAAAUCGAACAGCUCCGUGAGGAGGUUAACAUGAUGAGGGCGAAGACCUUGGGGUGGAAACAAAACAUGGACCGCUUUGCCUCAGAGAAAGAUGCUGCUCGAGCCCAACUGUCAUCGGCCGAAAGUCAGCUUCAAGGCAUGAAGGAGGAAAGCUCAGCUCAAGCUAAGAAAAUAGAGGAGCUUGAGGCUCGGUUGGCCGCUGAACUUGCGAAGGUUAAAUCUGAGGCAGAAAAAGUAAAGGCUGACGCAGAGGCGAUCGUGGCCGUCUACCAAUCUGAUGCUGAAGCUGCUCAAGCCCAAGCAAGGGAAUCUUCCGAGGCCGCUCAAAAUUGA